AAGAUAGAUCAAUACAAAAGAGACAUCUUUGGGUUUUCUAAAUCCUAGUCACGUCGCAGUUCUAAGGGCACAUUGUACCUGCCGGUCACACUGACACGUCUUCGCCCUGCGGGGCACUGCCCGUGUCACUGCAACAUGUGCCGUAACACCACUGUGAGCAGCCUAUAGCUCACAGCCUUCCAACUCUCAUCCUUACAAACCUCAUCAACGCCAUCGCGAUGGAUGGUCUAACGCAACUCCUAGGUCGCGGCGAACCUGUUGAGAUCGUGGAGCUGGAUAAAUCGGGAAAUGUUUCGCGAACCUGGAAUCAUACCGUCGACAACCAUGUCGUUGCCAAGUCGAAGCCUAGUAUCCCACUCAUUCCCUCUCUUCGCGAGGCCUUCAUGCCAGUCGGAUACCCUCACUCUGUGUCAUCCGACUACCUGAACUACCAAUUCUUCGACUCCCUUCAAGCUUUCUUCUCAACCAUCACUUCCCUCCUUGCAAACCGAGCUCUCCUCCAAGGUCUCGGCGUCGGAGAUGCCAACUCGUCCGCCACCUUCGCGAUGCUGCUCACAGUCCUCAAGGACGCCAUGUCUCGCAUCGCCACUAUUGUAUUUGCCCACCAAUUCGGUCUUCGUAUUGAACCCGACGCCAAGCGCUUCCGCUUCCUGGCCGAUCUUUUCAACGACACUGCCUUCUUUCUGGAGCUGUACAGCCCGUACUUUGGUCCUUAUGGAAAGAUCCUCGCACUGACUUCUGGAGAGACGUUGAGGGCGUUGUGUGGCGUGGCUGCUGGCGCGAGCAAAGCUGCUCUUAGUGUACACUUUGCAAAGCACGACAACCUCUCUGAACUCAAUGCCAAAGAGGCCAGCCAGGAGACUGCUGUAGGUCUUAUCGGUCUUCUUGUUGGAACUAUCGUGGUCAAACAUGUCGAAGACCACCAUAGCGUUCUAUUCUUGAUGACCGUUCUCGUCUUUGCCCAUCUGUGGAUGAAUUACCUUGGAGUUCGGGCUGUGUGCAUGGACAACCUGAACCAACAGCGUGCAACCAUCCUGUUCGAAGAGUAUCUCAAGACCGGAAACGUGCUCUCUCCCGAAGAAGUCGCCCAUCGUGAGAAUAUUCUCCUCUGGCGACCCGUCGUCCGAAACCAGCAUGGCCAGAAAAUCGCACGCAUCGAAAUGGCCAAAAGCUACUGGGACGCCAUGGGCGCCAAAGCCCCCAACAGCAACGUCGUCAUUAUCGACGGUGCCCGGAACUCACUCUUUGUCUGGUAUCACUCGAAGCGCAGCUACACACCCAUCAAGAUCAUGCUCUGGCAGGACGCCAGUGCCAUCCACGCCAUCAGUGCCUGGUUCAUGGCCAUGGAGAUGGCCUGGCUUCUGGAGAAGAGCCAGGGCUACACCGACAAGCUGGAUAAGAUCUUCCGCGUAAAGGAAACCGUUGAUGGCUACGAACAGAAGUACGACAAGCGCGAGCUCUGGGAUGAGAUGCUCGCCAAGGGAUGGAAUAUUGAGUCGCAGGCUUUUGAGACAGGUGCGCCUGUUCGUCUGCUCGCUCAGCUGGAGGGGAAGAAGGAUCAGUAGUUAGACUGGAGGUUAUUGGCGUCGAGGCGAGAGGGAAUAAUACCCUGGAACAUGAAAAUGGAUUCAAUGGAGAUUUAUGCUAGUCAUUCAACCCUCUAUGCUUUUUACCCAUAUUGUACAUUUUCCAGAACGCCUUCUAGUGAAUAGCUCAUACAUCAUACAGAUAUCGUACAGCAGUUUCAUCGCUAUGCUAGG